CUGUACGACGCGACUAGAUCCUCCUUUGCUGCCUAUAGAUCAAUAUAGCUUAUCCUGAACCAUGACGAAAUAUAAACGACCGACAUCGCAAACACCUGUUAAAUCUAUCGUUCCGAAGUUUCGCAAGAAGAAGGUCACUCCUACGGGCAAUGUGAAGAGGCCUCGCGUUAUGAUUCCUUGGUCAAAACCAGAAAAUCACCACCUCACAGAUCAACUGCUCACACUGAUCGAAGACUCGGAACUGUGGAAGGCCGAUUUCGGUUUCGACAAGGGUACUUCUGGUUCUGUCGUCGCAACAGGCAAAGGCAAGAACACCUUGAAGCACUCUGCUGGCGCUCAGUUUGAAAGGGUAUGGUUUUCCUAUGCUAACCGUCGUGCUACGAUAAUUGGGAUGUCAAGAGCGGAGAAAUUUACUUCUCGAUCGCGCUGAUGUCAACGUGUUCAAGUCUACGAUAACGGCCAUGCUGGCAUUAGUUGUCAGUGAAUGCGUGGUCGUUAUAUCGUGGUUCAU